AUGUACAGUAAGCAGGAGUUUAGAGAUGGCGAGAAUGUGUUGAUUUUCAGAAAUACCUGUUUACUUAAGAACGCUAUUUAUGAGGAUAUUAUUAAAAAACAAGAAGAAAAAUUGCCUGAAUGGAAAAAACGAAAAAUUGAGAUCCGUAAAGAAGCAAUUAUUGUGCGUUUUAAAAUGAAAUUAGAAAUUCUUAAUGAUGCAUCAUGGAAACGAUUUGUUGAAGAAUCAGGAGAUUUAUUAAAAUCACUGGAAUCUUAUAUUCUCUUCACCUUAGACGAGUCAUUAUUGUAUUUAAUAAAUUAUGAAUCAAAAUCGGUUCUUGCGAUUUAUGUUUGUUCUGAAAAAAAUUUAGAAAUACUUAUGCCGAUUUAUGAACUGAUUUCGGGAAUAAGAUCAUCACAAAAUGAAUCAUAUGGGAAAUUAAUUAAACAUUAUUUUCAAACAUAUGAAACAUUACAAUUUAUAGAGUCGGAAAAUAAAUGGUAUUUUGUUGUAAAAUUAUCUAUAUCUAUGAGAUAUGAAGACAAUUUUUCUAUUGAAAAUUCAAAAAUUCUUCAAAAACGCACAACAUACGGCAAAAAUUUAGUUUCAGAACUUAUGCAUUACGCCUUUCCAUGUACACCAAAAUCCCAAAAUUCUAUUAAUCCUGCACUCUUUUAUGAUAAUAUUCAUGGUGUGCCAGAAUCAGAAACAUCUGUUUCUAUUUCCCCUCAUGAAAUAAAUGCAAAUUUAUUGCCAUUUCAGAAAAAAGCACUUGGAUGGAUGCUUAAAAGAGAAAAACAUCUACUUGAUAUGUCGGAUUCAGUUAAUAGCAGUAUCCCUCCUACAUGGGAAGUUUCUGUAGAUGCAGAUGGGAAACAAGUUUAUUAUAAUAAAAUUUAUGGGAUAAUUUGUUCUAAUAUUACUGAUGUUAAAAAUACAUUUAAAGAUGUUAGUGGUGGAAUUCUUGCUGAUGAAAUGGGUCUUGGAAAAACAGUAGAAAUGAUUGCUUUAAUUUUAAAAAAUAAGAGAGAAGAAAUUCCUAAAUAUAAAGUUUUUGAUCCAUAUGCUGAAAAACACGUUGUUGCAUCAAAAACAACUUUGAUUAUUACACCAUCUUCAAUAUUACAGCAAUGGAUAACAGAAUUUUCAAAAUUUGCUCCUCACUUAAAAAUUUUACACUAUUUUGGAUUAAAGAAUUCCCCAUUAGAACCAUCUAUCGAAUAUUUGAUAGAAUAUGACGUAAUUAUUACUAGUUACAAUAUAUUAAGUUCUGAAAUACAUCAUACAAAAUUAAUGCCAGAAAGAUCAUUAAGACAUAAUAAAAAAUAUAUUCCUAAACUUUCUCCUCUGGUACAAAUACAAUUUUGGAGGAUAUGUGUUGAUGAGGCCCAAAUGAUUGAAACAGGGGUAUCAAAUGCUUCUCUUACUGCCCUUUGUAUUCCUAGAGUACAUGCAUGGUGCAUUACCGGGACUCCUGUACGUAAUUCUCUUUCUGAUUUAUAUGGGCUCUUAGUAUUUUUACGUCUUUAUCCUUUUAACUACAGUAAAAUAUGGAAACGUCUUAUUAAUGAUUCAAGAAAUACAUCUGCUUUUAUAUCUUUAUUUAGCUCGAUAACUUGUCGUCAUACUAAAAAAUAUAUUGGAGAUCAAAUAGUAUUUCCUAAGCAAGAAAAAACAAUCUUAUUAUUAGAUUUUACUCCUAUUGAGGAACACAAUUAUUCUUUUUUGCUAAAACAAGCAUUAGAAGAUAUUGGUUUUAAUGAUCAGAAAGAUCCUAUAAAUCUUAAUUGGAAUUUUGAUGAUUUUAAAGAUAAAAUGAAACAAUGGUUAUUAAGAUUAAGACAAACCUGUUGCCAUAUGCAGGUUGGCUCUAUUAAUAAAAUGAAUUUAGGUGAUCAAUUAAUGAUGCUUUCUGAGGCCUUAGAUGCAAUGAUAAAAAAGUUUUGUGAUACAAAUGAUAAUAAUGAAAGAUUACUUUAUACAUCAAAAUUUACUAUUGGAAGACUUUAUGAAGGGAAAAAAGAACCGCAAAAGGCGUUAGAUAUAUGGCUUCCUAUUCUAGAAAUUACUCAAAAUAAAAUAAAUAUGCUAGAGCAAAAAAUAGAAAAAAUCAAACAAAACAAUUCAUUAUAUUUAAAAGACGAUCUUCAAGAGUCUAUUCACAUGAAAAAUGAAGAUUCUGUCUGUAACUAUAAUAAUGUUGAAGAAAAAAAAGCAUCUAUAAAAUUUAUACAAACUCAUUUAAGACAUUGGUUGAGUCUUGCUCAUAGACUUACAUUUUUUAUUGGAACAGCAUAUUUUCAACUUGGAAACAAAGACAAAGAAGAUGAAUAUUACAAAAAAGCAGAACAAAUUCGAAGAGAAAUUUUGUUAGAAACAGAAAGUAAAGCUAUUUUUUUAAUGAAUAAACUAUCAGAAAAGGCUAAAAAUAAUAAAUUUACGAAUAUUCCUAAACUAAAUAUUUCAGAGUUUAUAGAAAAUAUUCAUUCAAAUCAUAUUAUUAAGUCUUUAGGAGAUCUUAUUAAAAAGUUAAAUGAUCAAACAGAAAAGAUUACUGAAUGGCGCCAAAAAGUAAUAGAUCUAUCGCUUUCUGAUUUAGUAGAUCACAACAAAGAAGAUAUUAAUGGAGAAGAAUAUAUUAAAUCAUUAGAUAUUAUGGAAGAUGCAUAUCAAUAUCAAGAAGCCCUUCGUAGUGCUGUUGCUUCAAGGGUCGAGACUAUAACUGGACAAAAGAGUCUUCUUACUAUAGUAGAAACACAAGCUCGUCUUGCUAGUAAACAAACACAACUAAAACUUCAAUUAGCUAUUGUUACAGAAGAAUUACGACCAAAGUCUAAUUUGUCUUUAAAGUCGAUAAUAAAUAAUUUACGUCUUCCAAAACAAAUAAAUGAUAUAAAUGGAGGAAAUAAAAAAAUAAGUCAAGAGAAAGAUUCUUCAAAUUUAGAAGUAUAUUUUUUAUCAGAAUUUUUAAAAAGUCAAACAAAAAUUAGUUUUAAUUUAGAAAAAGAAAUAUCUGACUUGUCAUACGUGCAUAAUGCACGAAUUGAAUAUUAUCGUCAACUUCAAAUUAUUUCAGAUUACGUAGCAGAAUUAGAUGAAACACUUCUUGAACCUCAAAAUUAUAUAAAAAAAAUGAAUGAAUUAAAUGAAAAAAUAAAAAAUCUUGAAUCUAUUAUAUUUUCAAAUCAAGGAAGUUUACGUUAUUUAAAACAUCUUCGUAAAACAUCCCAAAAUGCAUCUGAAAUGGAUAAAACGUGUGUUAUAUGUCAGAAUAUAUUUAAUUUUGGUAUUUUAACAAAAUGUGGACACAUAUUCUGUAAAUCUUGUAUAACACAAUGGCUCUCAGAACACCGAACGUGUCCAUCAUGCAAAACUGAAACUAAAAGAAAAGAUUGCUAUAAUAUAGCAUAUAACGAUUCUAAAAUGAAUAAUAAAUAUGAAGAAUCUAAUGUUUAUUUCUUAAAUUAUGAAGAUUCAAAAGAAAAAUGCAGUAAAAUUAAUAAUGAAAUGUUUUUAGAGAUUAAGAACAUAAAAUUAAAAAAAUCAUAUGGUGCUAAAGUUGAUAUGAUUAUUAAACAUUUGUUGUGGAUACGUAAAAGAAAUCCUAGUACUCCAAAAUCAGUUAUUUUUAGUCAAUGGAAAGAAAUGUUAGAUAUUUUGCAACAUGCUUUUAAUAAUAAUGGGAUUAAAUAUACUAGACUUGAUAAAAUUACAGCAAACUAUAAAAAAAAAACUAUGGAAAAUGAUCCAGUUGAAAAGUUUAAAAACGAUCAUUCCAUUGAAGUUUUUAUGCUUCAUGCUCGUUCACAAUCAGCCGGACUUACAUUGACAAAUGCAACAAAUGUCUUUUUAUGUGAACCUCUAAUUAACACUGCUAUUGAAUUGCAAGCUGUAAAUCGUGUUCAUAGAAUUGGUCAAAAUAAACAGACAUACGUUUGGUUAUAUGUAAUAAAAGGAACAGUUGAGGAAAAAAUAAUAAAACUAGUAGAAGAAAAAAAGCAAAAUUUUACUAAAAUACAUAGCAAUAUAUUAGAUUCUUCUUACAAUGUUUCUAAUUUUAAUAACUUAGUUGAAAAAGAAUUACAAAAAAAUAUCCAUAAACUUGUAAAUACUACUGGCGAGAUUAUAGAAAACGAUAUUUUACUUUAUCUUUGGGGAAAAUAA